CACAUGCUCUGUCCGACACAGAGAAGGACCAGGAGCUCUGCGCGCCAGGUCUACUUGAUGUCUUGGUUUCUUGAAUAUUCGGCAUGGACGCCGAGUCGCUAAUCACCGUCUUGCGGGCGUACGACCCAUCGUUCGAUGCGUCAGCGGUGAGGAGAGCGCUCUCCGACCCAGCUUCGAUCGAUCUUUUUCGCUGGGCUACGCUUCACCUCACGCCGGAUACGCUGCUCACCGCGAAUGAGCUGAGCCAGUAUGCCGCCCUCGAGCAGUCGGGCCUGGCCGAUAAGCUCGCCAAGUCGUCAGAUCUGGCCGCAACUUGUCUGCUGAGCGACCAAGAGAUUAAGGACGCCAUAGAGGAGCUCCACCGCUCUACCCAGGCCAUCACGCGGCAUACCGAGGCGCUCAGACAGCAGCAGGAGGCUCUUGGCCGUCUUGUCGAUUCUGGGCGCGAGAGCCUCAAGGAGCGCGUCACCAUCGAAGCGGAGCGGGCCCGGGCGUGGCAAUCUGAGCGCAGUGAUCUUGCCUUACACACAGACGAACUCCUGCAAUCCCUCGGCUCUCGCGUCAGCAAGCUCGAGCAGCGGAGCACCGGCGCUAGCGCGACAAUCCAGCAGACGGCAGAGAAUCUGUUUUCCUCUGACGACAGGCUGCUAUCUAGUCUUCAAAAGCUGGGAUUGGAGCUCGAAGCUGAGAAUGAUGAGGAGCAACGGGACGUCGCUCUCUUGCGCGAGACUUGCGCGAGGCUGAUCAAGUUCACGGUGGAGAUAAUUCGCACGAGGUUGGACCGCCUUUACCUCGAAGCUCUUGAGCCUCCCACCAAAUCGGCACCAACAAAGGUUUCCACCGACGAGGUUUCCGCAUUGCAAGAGGAGGUCGAGUCCCUCUACGCAGAGAUCCUUCCGGUCGCCCAAAUGUCCACCGAGCAGCAGUUUCUAGAGCCGGCUCUCAGAAGUCUCGCUGCAAAGAACGGCCAGACUCUGGCGAGGUCAGCCCAGGCAAUCAGUUAUUCGUACCAACUGGCAGCGAACGCCGUCCUCGACCUCGCCAAAGCUGAGCUACAAACGCAGCCCUCAGCCAUCCGAGCCUCGCCAACGCAGCAGCAGCACAGCAUCAAACAACAGGGAACCGUGUCCCCAGUCCACGCCCGGCCGAGCCGGAGGUCCAGAUAUUCGACUGGCGCGCCCGAUACGGGCGACGACUCACCGCUAGAGGAGAUCCUUCGUACUCUUGCCAUCAGCCUCCCGCAAGAAAAGGAAGGGCUUCCCGACUUGUGCGCGCAGGUAGAUGAGCUAUCUCUAGCCCUUGCUGGCCGUCGGGAAAAAUUGCAGGACGCUGCAUUCCACGCCCAGCAGAACUUUGAGGAAGCAGCAACCAAAUAUGUAACCGACGGGAAACUGGCGAUCCAACUGGUCCACGACUCUAUCCUGGCCGAGAGUCCCUUCGGAGGCGUUCGACUCGUUGAUGCUGAGAUUGAGAGGUCGAUAGCCGUGCUUUCCCAGGAGCUCAGAAAGGUGGACGAGAAGUUGAGCGAUGUGUGCGCUGGAGUGGCUAAACUGAAGAAGGCCAAGAGCGCAAAGAGGGACGAGUUCAUCAGCCGAUGGGGCUCGUGA